CGGCCACGCGCAAUAACCUGGGAUCCAUGUUCUCUUCGAGGUUUGAGCGGAUGGGCGACCUUAGAGACCUCAAAAAAGCGACUAAGCAUGCUGAGGAGGCACUAGCUGCGACCCCCCGAGAUCACCCACUCACAGCGACAAUACAUAACAACCUAGGCUACUUUUUGUCUAUGAGGUUUGAGCGGACAGGAGACCUAGGUGACCUCCAAAAAGCCAUUGAUCACGCCCAGGAAGCAUUAUCUACUACCCCUCAAGAUCACCCAGAUCGAGCGAGUAGGCACAGUAACUUGGGAUCCCGGUU